AUGGGUUCAACUGCUAUACUCACCGAGAAUGAUGUGACUAUCACAGGCUUCGAAGUCAUUGAUUUGAGAUUUCCUACCAGUCUAGACGGGGUCGGCUCAGAUGCGAUGCAUGUGGGAACAAACGGUUCGCACCCUUACAUCCGAUUGAUGACCAACCAGGGUGAUUUGAUCGGUGAAGGAAUUGCAUUCAGCAAUGGAAGAGGGAGUGAAUUGAUUUGUAUGACACUUGAAAUAUUCGCCAAAAGAGUUGUUGGGAAGUCUAUGCACGUCUUGACCCGGAACAUGGGCAAAACGUGGAGAUAUAUGGUAUCUGAUUCGCAAUACCGAUGGGUUGGACCUGAAAAGAGCAUUACCCAUCUUGCCGUGGCAGGCGUUUUGAAUGCAGUUUGGGACCUUUGGGGUAAAAUACUUGCCAAACCAGUGUGGAAAAUUGUUUGUGAUAUGGAACCUGAAGAAAUUGUGAAUUGUAUCGACUUCCGAUAUAUCACUGACGUGAUUACGCCGGAAGAAAGUAUCGAGCUUUUAAAGGGGACACAAAAAGACAGAGAUUCUCGCUUGAAGGAGGCAUUGGAGAACACAGCUGUUCCUGCUUACACUACAUCCGCUGGCUGGCUAGCAUUCUCGGGAGACAAAAUGCGGAAAGUGUUGAAGGAAACCAUUGAAGCCGGAUAUGGCACUUUCAAAUUCAAGGUCGGAACCAACAUUCAGUCGGAUAGAGAAAGACUUUCAGCUGUCAGAGAUGUACUAGGGUACGACAAUGGUUACCAAAUUAUGAUUGACGCGAAUCAAGUUUGGAGUGUGCCAGAGGCCAUUGAGUAUAUGAAGCAGCUGGUCGAAUUUAAACCCGUCUUUAUCGAGGAGCCCACGAACCCCGAUGAUGUACUUGGCCAUGCGACAAUUCGAAAGGCACUCAAACCCUACGGAGUUGGUGUUGCUACAGGUGAAGCGGCCCAAAACCGCGUUACAUUCAAGCAGCUUCUUCAAGCAGAAGCCACAGAUGUUUGUCAAAUUGAUGCAGUACGCCUUGGUAGUGUCAAUGAGUGUUUGGCGGUUAUGAUUAUGGCGCUGAAGUAUAAUGUCCCAUGUGUUCCUCACAAUGGAGCAAUGGGGCUAACAGAAUUGACCUCUCAUUUGAGCACCAUUGACUAUGUGACAAUUAGUGGGCGAAAGUCCAUGCUUGAGUUUGCUGACAGUCAUCGCGAAAGCUUGCGCCAUCCUUCAAAAAUCGAAAAUGCACACUAUCCGGGAUACUCGACAGGCUAUACCAAGGAAGCUUUGAAAAAGUACACAUACCCAACAGGAAGCUUCUGGAUGAGUGAUAUUGGGUUGAAAAUCAUUGAUCAACCUACUGGUGGAGAGCUAUAG